AUGAUGGACUUUGAUGAGAGGGUUUCCGUCGGCUCCAACAUGUAUUUGCCCAGCUGCACAUACUACGUCCCGGGGGCCGACUUCCCCACAUUGCCUUCCUUCCUGUCCCAAAGCCCGUCUUCUCGUCCAGUGACCUAUUCAUACUCUUCCAACCUGCCGCAGGUUCAGCCUGUCAGAGAGGUUACCUUCCGAGACUAUGCAAUCGACGCACCCAGCAAGUGGCACCAUCGAGGUCCCUUGUCCCAGUGUUACCAAACAGAGGACAUUGUGCAUCGUGAGUGUUUACCAGCACCGACUACCGUGGGUGACAUGUUCACAAAGAAUAGCUCCGCAGCUUACCAUCAUUCCACAUCGGGCGCGAGCUCCACAGCAAAUUUCUACGGGAGCGUAGGGAGGAACGGGGUGCUGCCGCACGCGUUUGACCAGUUUUUCGACACUGCUUUCGGGGGCCCAGACAACUCAUCCAACGGUGACUACACAACGGAAGAUAAAAGCCACACGACCAAACAGUCUAUGUCCGCGCCCGCACCGGAGCAUGAGACAGAGGGAAAGGAGCGUCGCGAUACCAGCAGCCCCGAGUCUUCUUCCGGCAACAAUGAGGAGAAGACGAAUAGCGCUACUUCUUCUAGGGCACGUAAAAAGAGAUGUCCAUACACAAAGUAUCAAAUCCGGGAGCUCGAGAGAGAAUUUUUCUUCAGUGUGUACAUCAACAAAGAGAAACGUCUACAACUGUCCAGGAUGCUUAAUCUCACCGACCGCCAAGUGAAAAUCUGGUUCCAGAACCGGCGAAUGAAGGAGAAAAAACUGAACCGAGACCGUUUGCAGUACUACACCACGAACCCUUUGCUUUAG